CACAAGUAGUCCAUCCAGGCAUCAGAAAGGACGUUCAAGUUACCUACAGACCACCUCUUUUAAUAGAUAGCUCGCAGUUUGUUUUUGUUUUUUUCAACUAGGGUAGAAAUAAACUCCCGUUUUCCGGUUCAAAACGCAACAGUUAUCUCCAUCAGCUUCACUUAAUAAUCUACAUCCAUUGUCAAGCCGUGCUUGCGCAACUUGUUGUGUUACUUAUUGGCAAACUCUUUUUCAAAAACAAUAGUUCGGAAAAAAAGAAAAAAAAGAAAGAAAACAAACAAACAAAACACAUCGGAAGCACACAAAACAGUGUGCAUUUGAGCGCUUCACGUUCAGUUGUUUUUACGGAACCGACAAACAGCUUUGUGAGUUGGCAACAGAAUGGAAAAUCCACUGCUAUUCGUCACGCUCAGCGUUUUUCUAUUGCAUUUCAAUUUGGGAGGCGUCCGAGGAGUAAGCAUCACGUCAAUUCAAGUGCCACCAGCCGUGGAAAAUGGAAGCGCGUCUGUGGUACUAGACUGCGACUACUCGUUGGCUUCCCACGAGAAGCAGGGGCUCGUCGUUCAGUGGUUCUUUCGCGACCACCCUCUUCCUGUAUAUCAAUGGAUUCCGGGCAAGAGGCCUCAAGAUAAUGGACCGCUUAAAGGUCGCCUGAACUUGGAAUACCGUGCUUCAGAAGAUCCCUAUCACCGGCAUAGGGCACUAGAAAUCUUGAACCCCUCUACCGAUCUCGGAGGCGAUUACCGCUGCAAAGUAGCCACAUUUGACAACGAAGACAGUCAGAACGCUCACAUGGUGGUAUAUGUGCCAGCAGCUUCGUUCACAGUAGAAAAGACCAAACCAACGACAUCCACAGUGAAUGUGACCUGUAAGGUCGAAGGCGUUUACCCGCUUCCCCAACUUGAGUUGAUCCAGGAGGACGGACCCCAUGGAAAUAGGAUGGUUGUGAAAGAGACAACACUUUACAUCUCGUCACGAGGCGGGCGCUACGAUGCUACCUUGCACCGAGUUUUAGAAGACAAACAACUACCGUCUGAUGCCGCUUUCGAGUGCCUCCUGUCUUUGCCAGCGACCGAGUAUCAAACUGCCCAGAAGAUAACUUAUCAACCAGGUGCGCCUUUGGAUGGCGGUAUCAUCCCCCAAGCGGCUAAUGAUAUAAAUGAGGAUCACUCACACAUCGGGAUGGGUUCUGGUGGUGGAAUAAGCAUUCCUUCCGUUUCUGCACCACAUCGUUCUCUGGAUGCUAUUGCAUCUCCAGCAGGGGACACAACCAUUGAAGAUGAUUCCGAGAACGCUAGUGUAUGGCAAAGCGGCACAGGGCGAGGCAUUCGAGCUCAUGAAACCACUACUGAUAAUGGAGCAAAUGUGCAUAAACGACCCCAAAUCCUCGCUCUUUUGUUGGCGUUUUUCGUCAUGGUCAGCCUUUGAUUUAAUUUGCUGCUCAUCUCCGCGUCCGCCUAGUUUCCCUCUUAUCCUUGUAUACAUUUAUUCUUGUAAAAUUAAUUAUCUUCCUUGCUUCGACGGGGAUAGAGACGAUGAAGCUUCACUUUGCUCUAACCAAACAGUCAAUCUAAACAGUUGAUCUUCGUCGCUCACAAAAUGUCAAGCACUCAAAAAAAUAUUUCUUUAAAUACUAUAAAUAUUUGCAGUUGUAAGCCAGAGUAGGAUUAAUAUGGUAGAAGCUACAUACUGCAUAUGCAUUGUGACCUUAAUGCUUAUACAUGAUUUUAAAACAUGUUCCUGACAGGCAUUCACAGUGGCUUUAGCUUUGCCGUUUGCGUCUACCCCCCCAUUUUAUUAUAACUACGUGCCCCACAUGGAACUUUCUCCGCCUUGUCAGUAUGUGGCAUAUUUCAUCUUGUCAUCAAAUGAAGUUGCUAAAGGACAUGAAUUCGCUUCAUUUGUGUAUUUUUCUAUAAAAAAUCUUCUUUGCGUUUGUAGCUACACAGUUAGUCGUGCUAAAUGUCUAGUCAUCAAUGACCAACAAUGGCAGUGGCCUUGAUUUUCUCGCAAUGUUUAAUAAUUUCGGGAAUGUGUUAUGCAAUCAACGCCUAUAGAUGUAUUACCAAUAUCGACUAACCCCUUUUUUUCAAUCCUUUCUCGUUGAUUCUUCAAUGGAACAUGGGUGGUAUUCAGUGGAAAGUUAGGUAACAAGUUCAACAGCCUUGUGAAGAAAAACGUAUUCCAUGGACAAAUUCUAGCUGAUCUUUCCGAAGUUUUCCUAAUGUAGAAUCAUGUAUGCCCUUCAUAUUGUAAUCCGCUGGUGGAACCAACAAGUUCUUUGCCAAUAUAAAUAUUUAAGAAAAAUAUAAGAAAUAAAACCAAAGAAAAAACAUACAAGCAGACAAAACGACAAUGUGUUAUUUGUACAGAUAUUUCUGAGAACAUGUAGUCUGUUCUACGCAAAUGUUCGAAAUCAGUUCUUAAAUACAGAGGAAAUUCAGUUUA